CGACUGGUCAGCAGCUCGCUGCACGCAGGAGGAUGCCUCUUCACCAUCGUGGUUGGAGAGCGGAACUAGGACUAGUCCUCAUCAGUAUUAUGAUUACGGCCCAUCGUCUUCGUCCUCGUGGGAAUGGUGGUCUCAUGGGUCGCACUCACACCAUUCCGCGAUGAUCAAAGGAGGAGAACAUCCAGCACCGAUCCCGAUGUUCUCGACACCAGGCAGCACCAGCAGCGCUAUGCUUAUGUUGAGUUCCACUCUUCCUGUUCAGAAUAGUUUUGUAUGUGCUCACCCACACACCCACGAACUGGACUUCUAAUCUUCAUGCUCAAGCUCAUAUCUCCAUGACCCGUUCGUGUUUGAGCUUUUCUUGUUCAAAAAUCUGAAUACAACAUGAUUCGCAUUUUGAUUAAGAAUAUGUUUAUAUAUGAUCCAGGGCUUGGGGCUACCAGUUAUGAACGAACACUGUACCAAAAGGAUCCCUUCGCGGUCUGCCUAAUCCUUCGAGUUUUCUGCCUAAAUUUUAAAUUUAGGCAGGUUUUGCCUUUGUUUGGGCAGCUUUAGCGGUGUUCCGCUGCGGCGGAGUCGGUUGCCUAAAAGUUCACCAGGCCACUGCCUAACGGCUCACUUCUGCGGUGGCUCCGGAGCGGGGCGGUGGACUAAAUUCGCGCCGUUUCUCUGCCUAAACUUUGUUUGGCUUCUGCUGCCUAAACUUUGGACUUUUCUGCCUAAAAUUUGGACUUUUCUGCCUAAAGUUUGGACUUUUCUGCCUAAAGUUUGGACUUUUCUGCCUAAAGUCAAAAUUUAGGCAGAAAAGUCGAAGGUUAAGGCAGGGCCCCCAGUGGAUCCUUUUGGCUGAGCUUCGUUUAUACUACGCUAGGGGGGGCACCGGUAGCCCCGGCCCCCAUUUGGAGGCGUCUGCCGGGGGUGGAAGGCCUCAAGAGGGGCCCCAGUGGCCUCCUCUGCUCCGUUCCAGGUGCUUGGCUGUCCCUACAGGCCUCCGACGUAGGUGGAAGGCCUCAAGAGGGGCCCAAGUACUAGCCUCCUCCGCUCCGUUUCAGCUGCCUGGCUGUUCCUUACACGCCUCCGAUGUAGGUGGGAGGCUUCAAAAGGGGCCCAGCCAAGGGACCGCCUGCCCCCCCUUCCAGGUGCGUGCUUGUGCACUAAGUGCCUCCGCUAUGCUUCGCCGCCGCGGCGAGGGGCUGGACCUCCUGAGCCGUGCGCCCUGUACCCUCCGGGCCCUUGGUCAUCGGCUUGGUGGCUCUUGCGACCGUGACCGCCUUCGGUGGCCUUUUACCCCGGAGAUCUCCCGCAUGUGAGGGUCAGCAGAGGCCAGGAGGUCUCUAAGGAACACGCUUAGAGGCGCACUGCUGCGGCGGUGAAGCAUAUAGGAGGCAUGUAGGGCACAGGCAGGCACCUGGAAGGGAGCGCAGGCGGCUCCUUGGGCCCUUUUUCAAGCCUUCCACCUACCUCGGAGGUCUAUAGGGAACAGCCAGGCCGCGAGCUGGAAGCAGGGGGCGGGGGGUCCCUUGGCCCCCUUUUGAGGCCUUCCACCCCCGGCAUACGCCCUAAAAAGGGGCCCGGGGCUACCGGUGCCCCCCCUAAGCUAGGGGGGGCGCCGUAGCCCUGAGCCCUGGGCCAUAUAUGACUGCUAUACUAUAGCCCCUCUCUUUGGUGCUACUGCUAGUUCUAAAAAUGCAGAUGCGUUUCUUGGGGCUUCGGACAGUCGACGCAACCACUACGAAUGGCAUUGAGGAACUGCUUUAGUAAUCCAC